AUGACAACGAAACAAUGUCGAGCGAUUUUAAUCGCUCUGAUCUCAAGCUUAGCGUUUGCGUCUUGCGGUCAAGUAGACGAUCCAUGCAAAACGAAAUCGAGAGUGGUCGCUGAUGAUAAAUACUGUGAUAAAUAUUGGGAAUGUGAUAACGGGCAAUCGGUCCAAUACGACUGCCCCAACGGUCUGGUCUUCGCUGGCAAGCAUCGCGGAGUCACAGAUGGAUGUGAUUAUCCAUGGAGAUCGAACUACUGCGAAUAUCCAAAAGUUCAAAUCAACCCUCCCAUCGGUACGGAACACUGUGACUGGUUGUACGGUAUCUUCGGCCAUGAGACUUCCUGCACCAGAUACUGGACCUGCUGGAACGGAACAGCCACCGAACAACUGUGCAUCGGUGGUCUUCUGUACAAUGAGAACGCACACUCAUGCGACUGGCCAGAAAAUGUAGACGGAUGUCAGAAGCACCCCCUCUGUAAUGAGGAUCCCAACGGCAACGUCCCUCUUGGCAAGUCAUGCAAUAGAUACUGGCAAUGUCAGGGAGGCUACCCUCGUCUUCAACGCUGCCCUGCCAUGCUGGUGUUCGACAGACGCUCCCUGAGAUGUGUGGUACCACCGACUGAGGAGUGUGAUGUGCCCACCACCACACCCCCACCAAUAGAAGAAGAACCCCAACCAAGACAUCCCCCACAUAUCUCCAAGAGACCAAACCAACAGGAAUAUCAAGAGAACCAAGCUCGUCUCAAACAAAGAAAUUAA